AUGGCCGUGCUGUCUAAGCCAGCCCAGCCGGCAAAACCCACCGGUCUCAAGGUAACUGUCAGGGCAGACAAGAGCCUAGAAGUUCGCUGGGAAGCAGAUGGUGAAAUUGUCAUGUUUGUGCUGGACCAGCGCUUCUACCAAAUGGGAACCUUUGGUUGGGGCAAACCCGAUCAUUCCUUUGUCCAUGAAGUGAACCGUGAAGAGAAUGGCUGUGCGAAACUUGUGCCGUUUCCGGCCACUGUUCCCAAAACGCAGCCUUGGGUUAUGACCCUGACGCUGAAGGCCAAGUCUCAAGAUGGUGUGCUCAGUGAUCCCGCGGAAAUUCAGCUUGCUUGGGAUGAUGAACAAACCGAGGGGGCGACCAGCAAGGACCUUUAUCAACGAAGCAUCAACUUUGAGAGGAAUCAAGUUGCACCCUUUUUGCAAGCCAAACGAAAACUCAAGAUCCUUCUUAUCGGAGGCCAGCAUCAUGGCAAAUCAUCCUUAGGCAAUCACCUUGAUCGCUGCUUCCACAGUGACUUGAAACGUUUUGAUCAGUUGGACCAAGCCCCAGCCGGUACUGAUGAGAGGACAAUGGGAACAAAGAGUCUCAAACUUCCAGUUGGCUCCAACGAAAUCACAUUCAUCGACACCCCGGCUUUUUCCGCAAUGGAUGAGGAGACCAUGAAGAGGCUGCACACGCUUCUGUCAAUUCACACCCCAGAGGGCACACGGCGGCAGAAUUUGACAGACAAUUUGGAACAAGACACUUGGGGCUUCUCUGGAAAGCCUCCGCAUGCGGCCAUUGUGGUCGUGUCACUUCUUCACUGGCGGGAUCAACAGGAUGAGAUGCAAAAGUACUUACGCAAGACGGCAGACGUUUUCAAGAAUGCAUCGUGGAAGACCGUCGAGUUCCCCUAUGUGGUGGCUGCUACGCACCGGGAUGAGUUCUUGAAGGAUGUCCAGAAAGAAGAUCCAAUGAGUGCUUUGCAAAAGGCUGUGGCUGGAAUCAAGAAAUUCGCCUUGACAGAUCACGUCUAUGCGAUCACCAACUACAAGCGAGGCAGCCUGGCCAGCGCAGCCGUCAACGAAGAGACGUUUGAUUUGCUGGCGCAGCUGGCACAAGUCCCAGCAGCUGGCUGCCCGAAUUUUGUCAUUCUGGCAACCCUGGACUUCCUGGACGAUUCAACAGCUGGUUGA